AUGAACGGAACCGCCAAACACAAUCCCAAGGCCCUCGACAAGACCAAGUUUCCGAAGCCUCGUGACCGACAAUUGGUCAAACUCCGUUGUCCAGCCAAGACUUGUUCUGAUGAGCAGGUAGUCUGGCUAUGCUCCGUCUGCCAUGGGCAGCUCGAGCACUACGAAGAGCUCAUCUACUGUGAUUGCGGAAGGUACGGGCCCAGCGCCGUCACCUUCAAUUGCAACAAACAGGCCCAUGGUACUGGGUUCGUGGGCUUUUCAUCCAAGCAUCUACUGAGGCACUUGGGAAAGCUGCAGCAGUACAGAUGCCUGAAUAUCCUGCUUCUCGGGGAGACCGGAGUCGGAAAGUCGACAUUCAUCAACGCCUUCGUGAACUAUCUCAUGUUCAAUACCCUCGACGAUGCAAUCCAGGAAGAAAAGCUGCGCUGGCUGAUUCCUUUCAAAUUCUCCUACCCCGACAUGUCUGGUCCCAAUCGGAAGCCCGUUCACAUAGAGGUCUGUGCUGGGCACAACAAGAAUGAACUGGAUGGAUCCGCAGGCUCGUCUGCCACACAGAAAACCAAGGUCUAUCGCCUGAAGAUCGGAGACACCGUCAUCCGCCUGAUCGAUACACCAGGAAUUGGAGACACCCGAGGCUUUGAUCAGGACAAGAAAAACAUGGCCAACGUCCUCUCUACCCUCGGCGGCCUUGAAGAGCUUCACGGUAUCCUUUUCCUGCUCAAGCCUACCAUGUCCCGAUUGACUCCAGCAGUUCGUUGGUGUGUCAAGGAGCUCCUCACUCAUCUUCACAAAGAUGCGGCACGCAAUCUGGUUUUCGGAUUCACAAAUACCCGUCAGGCGGGCUACACACCGGGUGACUCUUAUAAGCCACUGGAGUCUCUUCUCAACGAGGUCGAUAUUGCCCUCGGCGGGGAGAUUGUGUAUUCCUUUGAUUCCGAGGGCUUUCGCUUCCUGGCAGCCCUGAAGCAAGCCAGGAACGAGUUGGAUGGGAUUGAUGCCUUCCGUCGAAGCUGGGAAAGAUCCAAGAAAGAAAUCCACCGACUCCUGCACCACUUUCAGAUGCUUCAGCCCCAUGCAAUCCAGAGUACAAUCAGCCUCAACCGAGCCCGAGAGCUCAUCACAGCCUUGACCCGGCCAAUGGCAGAUAUUACCGGUAGCAUCGAGGACACGAUCCGAAUCAAUACUGAACGGCUGAGUGAGCUCCAAGACUCUCGAUGCAAAGGCGACGAGCUCAAAGCCAAACUUCACUUCCAGAGGGUCAUCAUUCAUGCAACGAAGCUUGCAAGGCCAAGAACUGUUUGCUGCGAUCAGGCCUGUGUGGAAUAUCGUGAUAUCGGAACAGGAGAGAAUCGUCCUGUGUACAAGACCCUAUGCCACGACCCCUGUUACCUUAGCGAUGUCGACGCUGACGUUGUUGGGCAUGGCAACCUAACCAAGUGUUGGGCUAUGAACCGGACAGACUGGUGUCGCAGAUGCAGCCACCACUGGCAGCAGCAUCUUCACUUCCAGUGGCAGCAGGAAGAGAUGGUUGUGGAGGAGAGGGACAACAACGUGGCGAGGCAAAUUCGUGACAACGAGUCGGAAAUCCAGGUCAAGGAAACCGCAAUCAAGAGCAUAAAACAAAAAACAGACAAGGCCAAAGCGGUACGGCAAGAGAUACGAGACGCAGCCGUUCAAUUUGGUCUCUUCCUCAAGCACAAGAGUAUCACUCCCUACAACGAUGAGACGAUUUCUUACCUGGACAUGCUCAUCAAAGAGGAGAAGCAAACCGCCCAGUACGCCAAAAGCGUAGGACUGGGAGGUUCGAAAAGACAGACCGAUCGACUGAACAGUCUGAUACGCAGUCAGAACGAGUAUCGAGAAAGAAUAGCCGUGUUCGAGCAGGCGAAUGAGACUGCAAAGAAACAACUUCUGGAUGAGAGGAGUGUCGAUGGCUUGAUCCAGCGCCUUUAUUGUCUCGAGAGCUGGGGUCCAAACUUGAGGGUAAUCAUGAAACUUGCUAAGAAGGCGACCUCCUCAUUCUCCUCCGAACAAGAGUUCAAUGGUCCUUGGAGACAAAGUCUGACCAAUGACUCGAACUGGGUUGCAUCCCAGGCCUCUGAAGAUGAGUCUUCAUCCCCAGACAGGCCUGCAGGAACGGGUCGGGCUGCCGGGAGUCAGACUGCAAGUUCGAGCAUCCUCCAGCGCCGCCAUGCCAUAAUGGCAAAGACUGCUACAAAGCAGGUUGUACUUUUAGCCAUCCACGUCCAAGUCAUUGCAAGGACGGCACUGGCUGCCGGAAUGGAGAAUGCCCCUUUUCCCACCCCUGGCAAAGGCCCAAGUCCUGUCGGAAUGGUCCCGGAUGUCGAGAGGCGGAUUGCAAGUUCGAGCAUCCUCCAGCACCUCAAUGCCGCAACGGAAAGGACUGCUACAAGGAUGGCUGCACCUUCAGCCAUCCGCGUCUUCGUCAUUGCAAGGACGCUGCGAAAUGCCGAAAUCAAGCAUGUGCCUUUGCUCAUCCCUGGCCACGACCGAAAUUCUGUAGGAAUGGGCCCGGGUGUCGGGAAGCAGACUGCAGCUUUGAGCAUCCUCCAGCAACGGACUGUCGCAAUGGCAAAGACUGCUAUAAGUCUGGUUGUACUUUCAGCCAUCCACGCCCCCGUCACUGCAGCAAUGGACCCAGCUGCCGGAGUGAAGGUUGUGCCCUUGCACAUCUCUGGCCAAAGCCAAAGUUGUGCAAGAGUGGCUUUCUAUGUCGAGACAAGGAUUGCAAGUUAG